CCCAUUUUCCAGCUGUCCCUCAGUCGGUCGGGAUUUCAGAGAGACGGGAGAUUCAGCGGAGAGGGUUUUUGUGAUAAAACAACACCCUUUUGGACAGUGUACCAUAUUAUAUGGUUACAUAAAGACGCAACGAGCUGCUUUAUGUAAUAUUGUACGAUGGAAACUGAACUAUGAGGUGUUGUGCAGCUGAAGAAGACUGAGUGAACCAUGGCGCAGUUCCCGACCACAUUCACAGGUCCAGAUGUGUUUCUGAUCUCCGUGGAUGAGAGAGCCAAACAUGACCAGCAGUUCCACAGCCUCUCUCCCACUGCUGGGGGCUACAUCACAGGUGACCAAGCCAGGAACUUCUUCCUUCAGUCAGGACUGCCCCCUCCCAUCCUCGCCCAGAUCUGGGCUCUGUCUGACAUGAACAGCGAUGGCCGUAUGGACAUCCAUGAGUUCUCCAUCGCCAUGAAGCUCAUCAAGCUGAAACUCCAGGGUCACCCUCUGCCCCCCACCCUUCCUCCCAGUAUGAAACAGCCCCCGCUGCCUUUAGGCCCACCGUCCAGCUUUGGCAUGGCUCCCAUCCCAGCUCCUCUGACAGGCGUGCCCCCACUCCCCCUUCCUCCUCUCCCCGUUGGGGUGUCUCCCCCUCUCGUCUCAUCUGCCCCACCACCCCUCCCCCAGCCCAUCGCUAACGGAGCUCCACCUACAGCUAUGAUGCAGCCCAUCUCAGGCUUCUCCCACCAAGCUCCACCUGUCAGCAAAUCAUUUAAUCGAUCCAGUACCAAGUUACAGAAGGGGACGUCGUUUGAUGCUGCUAGUCAGCCUCCUCCUGACUGGGCCGUUCCACAGUCAUCAAGGCUGAAGUACCGACAGCUUUUUAACUCCCAUGACAAGAUGAUGAGUGGACACCUCACUGGCCCCCAGGCUCGCACCAUCCUGAUGCAGUCCAAUCUUCCUCAGAGCCAGCUGGCAACAAUAUGGAGCCUAUCAGAUAUUGAUCAGGAUGGAAAGCUAACAGCUGAGGAGUUUAUCUUGGCCAUGCACCUCAUAGACAUGGCUAUGUCAGGUCUACCCCUCCCCCCUGUGUUACCUCCUGAUUACCUCCCACCAACAUUCAGGCGUGUGCGAAGUGACAGUGUUCAGUCAGACCAGAAGAGCGUCCAGGAAGAGACGGAGGAAGAGACAGAAAGCAGCCAGGAAAAGAAACUACCAGUGACAUUUGAGGAUAAGAAGCGGGAGAAUUUUGAGCGAGGAAACCUGGAAUUGGAGAAAAGGCGUCAGGCUUUGCAGGAGCAGCAGAGGAAGGAGCAGGAGAGGCUGGCUGCGUUAGAGAGAGAAGAGCAGGAGAGAAAGGAGCGUGAGCGUCUGGAGCAGGAGAGGAGAAGACAACAGGAGCUAGAGAAGCAACUAGAGAAACAGAGAGAGCUGGAGAGGCAGCGAGAGGAGGAGCGACGCAAAGAGAUAGAAAGGAGAGAGGCUGCAAAGCGUGAGUUAGAGCGGCAGCGGCAGCUGGAGUGGGAGCGGCAACGUCGCCAGGAGCUUCUCACUCAAAGAAACCGGGAGCAGGAGAGUAUCGUGCUGCUGAAAGCCAGGAAGAAGACGCUGGAGUUUGAACUGGAAGCUCUGAAUGAUAAGAAGACCCAGCUGGAGGGCAAACUGAAGGAUGUUCGGUUUCGCCUUUCAGCUCAGCGCAGAGAGGUGGAACAGACCAAUCAGACCAGGGAAACACGCAUUGCUGAAAUCACCCUGCUCCAGCAGCAGCUGCAGGACUCCCAGCAAUGGCUCGGCAGACUCAUUCCUGAUAAACAGAGUCUCAGCGACCAGCUAAAACAAGUACAACAGAACAGUCUGCACCGCGAUAGUCUGUCGUCCCUGCAGAAGGCUGUGGAGCAGAAGGAGACGAGCAGACAGCAGCUCCGAGAGCAGCUGGAUGCUGUGGAGAGAGAGACGAGGGCCAAACUGCUUGAAAUAGAUGCUUUCAAUACCCAGCUGAAGUUUCUGUGUGAGUUCUAUGCCAACCACUGUGCCAGGAUAGAAGCCCUGCGACGCCAGCUUCAGGAGGAGCAGAGAGGGAGACAGGAACUAAGAGAGAUCCACAGCCGGCAGCAGAGACAGAAACAAAAAGAACUAGAUGGAGACACGCACACACAGUCUCAUAUACAAAGCCAGCUGGAGAGGAAGUCGGCUGAGCUGCAGGAGCAAAGGUCAGAAGAUGGUGUGGCCUGGAGGGAUGAACCAGGAAGCUCUGCACCUAAAGCUCCUAGCCCACCCUCCGUGUCCACGCCUCAUGCCUGGCUUAACAGAGUUACUCAGGAUGAGGAGGAGAGGAAGAGGAGAGUGAUGGAGGAAGAAGAAGAGGGAAGAAAAGGGAUACGCUCAGUAGACGACAAGGAAGACAGUACAAGAAGCAAAAAGGACAUGCAGGACAAACUAAACAAGCUGUUCAGUCAGCCUGCAGACCCCUGGGCUACAGCAGUAGAGAAAACUCCAGGACCCAGCCUGUUUGAGCAGAAGGCGUCGGCCAGCGGCUUCGACCAUCAGCAGCAGCAGCAUCAGCAGCAACAGCAGCAACAGCAACCGGUCAAGGUGGUUUACUACAGAGCUCUGUAUCCAUUUGAUGCGCGCAGCCAUGAUGAAAUCAGCAUCACCCCUGGAGAUAUAAUCAUGGUGAAGGGGGAAUGGGUGGAUGAAUCCCAAACCGGGGAGCCCGGUUGGCUAGGAGGAGAGCUUAGGGGCAGGACUGGUUGGUUUCCAGCCAAUUAUGCAGAACGGAUACCGGAGAGUGAAGCACCAAUCAGCCUGCGAGCUACAACCUCAGUUACUCCGACUUCAGCCCAGCAGCCAAUUAAUACACCUCCACCCGCCCCUGGGCACGCAGCAUCCUCCACGUCAUCCGCCAACAGUAACUGGGCCGACUUCAGCACCACAUGGCCCUCAAAUGCAGCCAGCCAGUCGGACAGCGAGGGGUGGGACGCGUGGCCCACUUCCUCAACCAGUCAAAAUCCCUCGCUCAGCGUCCCCUCAGCACAGCUACGGCAACGCUCCGCCUUCACGCCUGCAACUAUGACCACGGGCUCCUCUCCCUCACCUGUACUGGGCCAAGGGGAGAAGGUGGAAGGCCUCCAGGCUCAGGCCUUGUAUCCAUGGAGAGCCAAAAAGGAUAACCACCUUAACUUCAACAAAAAUGAGAUAAUAACGGUGCUGGAGCAGCAGGACAUGUGGUGGUUAGGUGAACUACAGACCGGACAGAGAGGCUGGUUCCCCAAAAGUUACGUGAAGCUCAUCUCCGCCACCAUGACGGCCCCUGUUGGUGCCACAGCACGCAGCAAAAACACUAGUGAGUCUGGACUAUCAGAGAGCCCACCUAACGGAAAACGACCCUCCCCUUCUCCAACAAAGCCCAGCGAAUCUGGUGAAGAGUACGUGGCCAUGUACACCUACGAAAGCAAUGAACAAGGGGACCUCAGUUUUCAGCAGGGAGAUAUCGUCAUGGUGACCAGGAAAGAAGGGGACUGGUGGACGGGGCUGGUCGGGAAUAAAACUGGAGUUUUCCCGUCGAAUUACGUCAAACCACGGGACUCAGCAUCAGAGUCACUGGGACCAGCAGGCAAGACAGGAAGCCUGGGAAAGAAGCCAGAGAUCGCUCAGGUGAUCGCACCCUACACUGCUACAGGCGCAGAGCAGCUGACGUUGGCUCCAGGACAGCUCAUCCUCAUCAGGAAGAAGAACCCAGGCGGCUGGUGGGAGGGCGAGCUGCAGGCUCGGGGCAAGAAGCGCCAGAUCGGUUGGUUUCCAGCCAACUAUGUAAAGCUGCUCAGUCCCAGCACCAGUAAGACGACACCCACUGAGCCCACCCCCCCUAAACUGGCUCCAGCCACCACUGCUCUGUGUCAGGUGAUUGGCAUGUACGACUACGUGGCCCAGAACGAUGAUGAGUUGGCCUUCCAGAAAGGUCAGGUCAUCACGGUGCUCAACAAGGACGACUGUGAUUGGUGGAAAGGAGAGCUGAACGGGAGGGAGGGUCUGUUUCCAAGCAACUAUGUCAAACUCACCACAGAUACGGACCCGAGCACGCAGUGGUGCGCUGACCUGCACCUGCUGGACAUGCUGAGCCCCAUGGAGCGGAAGAGGCAGGGAUACAUCCACGAGCUGAUCGUCACCGAGGAGAACUACGUCAACGACCUGCAGCUCGUCACAGAGAUCUUCCACAAACCUCUGCUGGAGUGUGAGCUGCUGACGGAGAAAGAAGUAGCCAUGAUCUUUGUGAACUGGAAGGAGCUCAUCAUGUGCAACAUCAAGCUGCUCAAGGCUCUGAGGGUCAGGAAGAAGAUGUCAGGGGACCGCAUGCCGGUGAAGAUGAUCGGCGACAUCCUCACCAACCAGCUGCCUCACAUGCAGCCCUACAUCAGAUUCUGUUCGUGUCAGCUCAACGGCGCCACGCUGAUCCAGCAGAAAACCGACGACAACCCUGAAAUCAAAGAUUUCCUGAAGAGGUUGGCCAUGGACCCCAGGUGUAAAGGAAUGCCCCUGUCUAGCUUCCUGCUCAAACCCAUGCAGAGAGUCACGCGCUACCCGCUCAUCAUCAAGAACAUUUUAGAAAAUACUCCAGAGUCGCAUCCAGACCACAGCCACCUGAAGGCCGCUCUGGAGAAAGCAGAGGAGCUGUGUUCACAGGUGAACGAGGGCGUCCGGGAGAAGGAGAACUCUGAUCGUCUGGAGUGGAUUCAGGCCCAUGUCCAGUGUGAGGGUCUGUCGGAGCAACUGGUGUUUAACUCUGUCACCAACUGUCUGGGACCCAGGAAGUUCCUCCACAGCGGGAAGCUGUUCAAAGCCAAAAGCAGCAAAGAGCUCUACGGCUUCCUGUUCAAUGACUUCCUGCUGCUGACGCAGGUGACCAAACCUCUGGGCUCAUCUGGCUCCGACAAAGUCUUCUCCUCCAAAACACACCUGCAGUACCGCAUGUACAAGACGCCAAUCUUCUUAAAUGAAGUGUUAGUGAAGCUGCCAACGGACCCGUCAGGAGACGAGCCUCUGUUCCACAUCUCCCACAUAGACAGAGUUUACACACUCAGAGCUGAGAGCAUCAAUGAACGAACGGCGUGGGUUCAGAAAAUUAAGGCUGCUUCAGAACUCUUCAUUGAGACGGAGAAGAAGAAGAGAGAGAAGGCUUAUCUAGUUCGCUCUCAGAGGGCUACAGGCAUCGGCAGACUGAUGGUCAACAUCGUGGAGGGAAUCGAGCUCAAGCCCUGUCGCUCCCAUGGGAAGAGUAACCCGUACUGCGAGGUGACCAUGGGAUCCCAGUGCCAUAUCACCAAGACGCUGCAGGACACGUUGAAUCCUAAGUGGAACUCCAAUUGUCAGUUUUUUAUAAAGGACCUGGAACAGGACGUCCUCUGUAUCACUGUUUUUGAACGUGACCAGUUCUCGCCUGACGACUUCCUCGGCAGGACUGAGAUUCGGUUGGCUGAAAUAAAAAAGGACCAGGGUUCUAAGGGACCAAUCACGAAGAGGCUGCUGCUCCACGAGGUUCCCACAGGAGAGAUCGUUGUCAGGCUGGACCUCCAGCUGUUCGAGGAACCUUAAAUGCAGGACAUUAAGAGCUCGACUGGAUGAAAGGAGACGGCUUGGGUGAUUUGGACCCGCAGGUUGGGCUGGAUUAGACUCGACUGGUCUGUUUUAUGUCUUAGAGUCUACAGGACAUCUGUUAAUUCCAGUUAAUUAAAGCAACACAGCUGGGUCCAGUGAGGGACUUCCCCAGAUCCAGAUGAGUCACAGAGGUCUGCUUCGCUGUAACGGACGCUGCUGCAGCAGUUUGUUGUGCUGCGUGAGGGUUUUUAUUCUAUUCACCGACUCACGCUUCGCCACAGUGGCUGCAGCACAUGUCAAAAACAUAUCUUUGAACAUAUUUACGCUUUUAAUCUGUUUAAUCUAGGUUAGAACCUGGGUCCACAUCACAUAAUUAUAUAGAUAUAUUUAGAUGGAAAACUGGAAAUUGGAAAAUUAACUGCACUCAUUGUGUUUUUGUAGUUUGACUAAUUUAGGAAAGUUAUUGUUCAUGUUCCUCAUGUUAAUUCUACUGUAGUCUGGAUACUACGUUAUCUACACUGUUGCCUCUGGUGUCAAUACUUUGGUUUCCAGACACGUUCCUUUUUUAAUUCCAUACUUAUCAGAAAGUCGCAUCUGACGAGGAGACACAUCAUAAGAGCUUUAACCUGGUGGUUAAAAAGAGCAAAUCUAAGUAGUAUUAUGUUUCAGCACUAGUCUGAUACUUUCAGCAAUGCUGCACGUUUACUUUAUUGUACAGCUUCUGAUAAAUCACUGAACCUUCCAUUCCAGACCACAUUUGACUCAAGUGGUGAAACUGUGAGCAGGAGGUUCCCUCUGAGAACCAGUUGUGUUGUCAGACCAGCUGCUGUUACGUUCAGACCAGUCCACUCCAGCCUCCUUCAGUCAGGUCCACUUCAGUCCAGUCUGGUUUGGUUCGGUCCAGUUCACCGGGAAGCAGAUGGGUCGUUGCUGUUUUUUUCUCUCCCUUUGCUUCAUCAGACACUUCGGUGACAAGUGUGACAAUCCCAGCCCUCCUUCAUUGUUGCAGUGAGCCUGAACCGCCACACACACACACACACACACACACACCGAACUCUGUGUGUGUGUGUGUGUGUGUGUGUGUGUGUGUGUGUGUGUGUGUGUGUGUGUGUGUGUGUGUGCGCGUGUGUGUGUGUGCGUGUGUUUGUGUGCGUGUGUGCGUCCAGGUGGGCUGGCUGACUAACGGUACAGUUCACUGCACGUUCUCUUGUGCUUUUCACAGAAGUCUUCGUUCAGCUUUGAGGUGCUGCAUGUAAAGGGACCCUGACUUUGUACAGUAUUUUUCUGUUUAGGCCUUGUCUCAACACUUGAACGCCACAUGAUCUUAGAAAGUGCUAAAUAUGUAUAGGUUCAAUGAGAAACGCUAAUACUAAAAACUAAUGGGUAAUGAUGCCCCAUAGAGUCUGAUGAAGUGGCUGAAACAUGGAGGUUCAGACGGACGGAACGGUGAGGACCGUCUUGUAACUCCGUUCGUUCAUGUUUGGAGCAACAGGCGUCGCGUCUCACAGCUGUUGCUGCUACUGAGAUCAGCUGUCACUAUGCAGAGGCAAAGGCCGCGGUGCACCAGUACAGCAGCAUUUGAACCAGUUGCACACCCAAACCAGCAGCAGCGCUACGACUCUGCUGACCAUUAACCAAGAAGCUUCAUCAUUUAAACACUUGAGUCAUUCUGUUCUUUUCAGCUGUCAACAAAUGCCAUUAAACGUACUAAAAUAAGACCUAGUUAGUUGAAUUAAAUUUAAUGCCACGUUACAGAACCAAGUUACCAGAGACAACCAGUAGUUACCUUCAUGACCAGCCACUGUCCAGUCAGAUCUAUCAGUCAGCAGCACCUUGAUUGUGGGAGGUGUGAGCGAAUGUGUGCGUUUACCCAGACUGAAUCUGAUGAUGAUGACGAUGAAGAAGCUGUCUUACAUCCCAGACAGUACGUCCAUCCCGACCUCUCCACAGUGUACGAACUAACCUGCUUCAGUUUGAACCUUUUCUUACUGUCUCUGUUCCAGGUCGUGUAUAAUACUACUGCUAUCUGAGAGUUAAUAUAUGAGCGACAGCCUGCUGAUAAUUAUCACUGUAGAAGAUGAUGCUGUACGUUGUUGUCUUUCAAUGUUCAGAAUAAACUUCGGUUGGACCAAA